AAAAGUUAAAACUCUAUUUCGGAUCGAGAGGAGGAGGGCUCGCGGGGGAAAAUGGACUAUAGCUUAGCGGCGGUGAAGAUGCUCAUCUCCCAGCUCCGGGACGCUAAACCGACGCCUUCUCAGAACGCCACCGCACUAGGCGGUGUACUUUUCCAACGCGCUUGGUUACAGGGCGUUUUGGUCUCCGAUCCGGUCAUCUCCGGUGGCCGUAUGGUCCUAGACGACGGCACAGGUCUCGUCGAGCUCAGCCUCUCCAACGACUUUGCCCUCCGUCAAUGGAAAUCAGGGAUGUACCUGAUGGUUGUUGGUGUAUACCAUAUCCGCACGGGAGAUAUGCCUCUACUUAAGGUUCAUAAGAUGGUCGACCUGUCGGGAAGGCCAGACCGUGAAGCCAUGUGGUAUUUAGAAGUCAUGGACGCAUACAGACUCUUCUAUGAGCCCUUGAUUCAAGAGUUCUCUUGAUUCUUCCAGCUACUACUUUUUAUUCAGAAAACUAUCAGUACAUAGUCUCUUCUCAUUCUUUUGGUUAAGUUUUAACAGACCAGACUAUAUUUGUUGGGAUUCAUAAUACAUAAUGCCACUCAUGACUAGUAA